AUGGCUUCAUCCGCAACAGCUCUCCAAGCCAUCGAGGCAAGCCCUCGUCUCCACCACCUCCUGGAUCGCCUCCACGCCGCAUCAGAAGCUCAAGAGAAAUCUUACUCUCAGCUUUGGUUCUAUUUCAAAUUCCUCUACGGCUUUUACAUCACCGGCAAAGCAUGGCCUUCUUCCGGUGACGACCACAUGCGCGACAAGUUUGUCGCUUUGGAGCAAGACAAAUGCCAGUUUAUGUAUCUCCUCGCACGAAGCAUCAAUGCCAAAAACAUUGUUGAGGCUGGAACGAGUUUCGGUGUUUCGACUAUGUACCUUGCCCUUGCCGUGGGACAGAAUGUCACUGAGGAGAGAGCCAAGGGUGGUAAUGUCACGGGAAAGAUUGUCGCGACGGAGAAGGAGAGCAGCAAAGCUGCCAGGGCGAGAAAGCAUUGGAGUGAGGCUGGCGAAGAAGUUGAGCCGUGGAUUGAACUGAGAGAAGGAGAUUUGAGAGAGACGCUUCUAGUUGAGGAGGUCUGGACACCGCUUGCACUUCCAGCGCUCGAGGCUAUUAAACCUCGGCUGAGACGGGGCGCCAUUGUAUUGGCUGAUAAUACAAAGAUGGCUAGGCCGCUGUACAAGGAGUUUUUGGACUACAUCCAUAAUCUUAAGAAUGGGUUCAAGACGACAACGACUGCUUACGCGGGAGGACUAGAAAUGGCUGUUUAUCUGCCUUGA